UUGACAAGUAGCGCAGGAGAGCGCGGCGGGUGCGCUCGACGAGUGCGCCGGCGCGGGCCGCCAGUCCGACCGGACCCCGGCGCUCGCCUGCACACACUGACCACACGGCACACACCCGUGCCGAGAUCAUCUUCAAACGUGUUAAGUGUUUGUGUAAAUCCUGAAACAAACGUUCGUCCUCAGCCGUCACCAGCUCGCUGGAGUGAUCCGGUUCAAGGUCUUACGUGAUCGAAGCAAGGUGUUAACACAAAGGGCCUUCGUCUCACGUACUAGAGCAGCUGACUACUGUAUUUUUUAUAUUAUCAAUGCUCUUUCACCUUCGUCGAAAUAUCUUAUCUGACAGCCGAUACAAACUACUUCCGAUCCGGCCUGUUUUAUUUUUCAGGCUCAGUGAAUGUACUGUCGAAUAUUUGAGUGAGUCGAGUAUGAUGUAUAAGUGUUUUAAAAAUAAAUAUAAAAAAUGAAACGUCGGGACAAUAUACGUAGUUCUAAAAAAGAGAAAAAGGCAAAAAAGCAAGAUAAAGGUAGGCCUGAAAACCGUGGGUCAAACCGUCAAGCAACGAAAAAAAAUAUUGAAACGACUGCUACUUCUAACGGACGAAGCAAGCGGUCUGGUGUGGAAGCAGUCAAAUUACAUAUUCAAGCGACCGGCGGCACCGGAAGAACAUCACGCUCAGCCACGUCGGUGCGAAAAACAAGCAUACGAAUGACUGCGAUAAGAGAAUACCCAUUUGAUCUCAGUGAUUUGAAAAAUCAACCUGUGGAGGGAGGAGAAACGCGAAUACCACCUCCACAACCGAACAGCUUAACAGCACCAAACUCCCGACCGCCCUCAGCCGCCUCCGGUACUGACGGAAAGAGAAAAGUCUCAAUCAUGGCCGACGAAUCAAGCAAAGACCGGGAAAACCUGCCAUCAGAAAGGAAUGGCCGCGUAUCAGCGCAGGCGGAAGGCCCGUCCCGCCGCAAAAGCAACCUUCAUAAUGCCAUGGCCGCGGAAAUGGACUCUUCUUGGGAUCGACAGGGGCACAUCGAAGGCAGAUUCAAGAAAUACUCAACCACAUCGUCCGUAUAUUCCAAGAAAGCGCUGUCACAACAAAGCGAACACAUCGAAAGGUCCUGGUGGUAUGCAUGUUGUGCGAAGUGUCACCAAGAAGACUCCGGGAUUGCAUCGUGGGAACCGCCGCAUUGGCAAAAAUUAUGCCCAUAUCCGCUAUGUCCAUCUUACCGCACAUUCGCGCAAAAUGUUGCAAUCCUACUCAUCGGGUUGUUGGUGUGGGUGACGAUAUGGAUCGUGAUGGGCGACACGGCGGCGCCGGGCGGGCAGCUGUUCAUGCUUGCCGUGCUCACCAUCGCCGCGCACUUCGGAGGCUGGCUCAUGAUGAAAGUCACCACGUUGCCCGCACUCAUUGGAAUGCUUUUCGUCGGAAUUAUCAUGAAAAAUAUCGGAUUCGUCAACUUUGACGAGACAUAUCUACAUGUCUGUUCAUAUAUCAGAAAAAUUGCACUUACGAUUAUAUUAACACGAGCUGGUUUGGAUUUGGAUCCAAUCGCCUUGAAGAAAUAUUUCUUAACCGUUAUAAAGUUGGCUCUGGUGCCGUGGACGUUCGAAUGUGUGCUGUGCGCUGUUCUGGCCUUUUACUUCCUUGGAUUACCAUGGGAUUGGGCGUUCCUUCUGGGUUCGAUCGUGGCGGCGGUAUCGCCUGCUGUGAUAGUGCCGUGCCUGUUCCGCCUCCGUGAGAAGGGGUAUGGCGUGUCGAAAGGCAUCCCGACGCUGGUGCUCGCCGUGUCGGGCGUGGACGACGCCGCCAGUGUCGCCGUCUUCGGCAUCGUCUCCUCCAUCAUGUUUUCCAGCUCCUCCAUGACCAUGAACAUUAUUCAGGGUCCAUUCAGUGUGAUCGGUGGCAUCGCUUUCGGUGUCCUGUGCGGCUACUUAGUGAAAUUCGUGCCGGAGCGGAAUGAUGCUUUCCUAGUACCGUUGCGAGUACUGUUAUUGCUAACUGGAGGACUGGUCUCAGUGUUGGGAUCAGAAGAAAUCGGCUGGGGAGGUGCAGGACCCCUAGCUGUUAUCGCGUUCGGUUUCAUGGCCUGCAAGAAUUGGGUGGACCUCGGCUGGGACUUAGAGGACAACCCUGUCGCCACUGCUUUUGAAAUAUUCUGGAUGUUCUUCGAGCCUAUGUUGUUUGCUGUCACAGGAGCACAAGUUGUACUCUCCGAGCUGCCCGGUCACCUGGUGAUAGUGGGCAGUGGUAUCCUGGCGGCGUGCGUCGUACUUCGAGCUUUGCUCACUAGUGUCUCAGCGGUGCGCAGUAAUCUUAACAUGAAGGAGAAGGUCUUCGUCGGACUCGCCUGGAUGGCCAAGGCCACUGUACAGGCGGCGUUGGCUCCGGUGGCGCUAGAUGAAGUACGUAAAAUGGAAAUCGUGGACGAACAGCUGGUGCAGUACGCGGAAACGGUGAUAACGGUGUGCAUCAUGUCGAUUGUCAUCACCGCUCCCAUCGGCGCGAUCGUCAUCACACUUACCGGACCUAAACUACUCUCCAGGACUUCCAAACCUCCUGUACUUGAAGGUUGGCGUCGUUCUCACCGGCCAUCCAUCCGUGACAUUUCCAUCAUCGACGAGGAGGAGGUGGCGGAGCGCGACGCGGAGAGCGACGGGCGCGACUCCCCCGCGCCGCCCGCCGGCGGCCCUGGCGUGCCCCCCACCGGCGCACUCCCCGCCUUCAGCACCCCCACCCCCGCCCCCGCACCUGUCACCGUGCAGCCUAACCACCGCACGUGAGCUCAACUCUCGCGCUCCAUUCCAGACAAUUGCUCUAUUCGAACUUUUAUAUGUUGUGUUUGCUUUCUCACAACGUGACGCCACCGUCGGUACUUAAACAUAUUAUAUGCGGUGCCUUUUACACUCCACUAGUGUUAGUACGAAAGUGUCCUUUUCAUACCCAAUGGUGGCACUUAAAUGAGAACUCGAAUAGUAUUACAGAGCAAUUAGAUAGGAUUUAAAGAUUAGAACAUAUUGUGUGAUAUUAUUAAACACGUUCGUGCUGUAAACGGUAGAUGAAACCUCGCGUUUGAUGUAUGUAUAUGAUACUUGUACAUUAGUACUUGCUCGAUGUUGCAGUUUACGAGAAAAGUUAUGUUUUAAUUGUAAACAUUUAAUUAUUUAUACUUAGUAAUUGUAAUCGAUCAGUAUUUUCACUAUUUAUAAAUCAGUUUAGGUAUUGUAAACGAACUAUGUAUAUUACUUACUUUGGUACAAACAAUUUUAAUUAAAUUUAUCGUUAGUUUUAAACGGCAUUUUAUUGCUCAUUGUAAAGUACUUAGUCUGUAUAUGUAUGGAUUUUUUUACGGAGAUGUUCGAUUUACUUUAUAGAGUGCGGGACACAAUGCACGUUGCGCAAUAUAUAAUGUUCACUGUGCAGUAUAUAGUCUAUAGUUAUAUACGGCUAUAAGAAUAUCACACCAUGCACAUUAUUCAGAGCAAUAUCUAGAAAUCACAAAGCACAGUGCGUACUACAUUGUACUGAAUAUUUACCUACAAAGUACGUAGUUAUAUCUGUAUCCUGAACAGUGAAGAUUAAAAUGGUAGAUGAGUUUGCCAUUUGUCAGUUACCUAUUUCAGAUAUCAUUUGUAAAUAAAACUCCGUAAAUCGUUAAUUGAUAGAUGAUAAUUUAGUUAUAAGUUUAAUGUUACGUUUAUGCAGUGAUUGUUGAAUAAAAUUCGGGACCAAUGUUCGAAACGGGAAAGACCAUAGUAAUAUAUUUAUACAUUCGUAUUUUUGUACUUACAUUUCAAAAAUCAAGUCAAAAAGUACUUAAUGGCAUACUACAAAAUCUACUUAGAGCGAAAGUACUUAUUCCAAAA